GCCGGCGGCGGCAGCGUGGCCGUCAACAGCCCGUACGGCGCCGGCUCGGAGGCCGGCGGCGGCGGCGGCGGCGCCAUGAUGCAGCCUUCACCGCAGAUGCAGCACUCGCUCAGUCCGCGCCCCGGCUCGUCUCAAGGCUUGCUGGACAUGUCCAACGGCUACCCGAACUCGACUUCUCCACUGCCAGGAUCAACGUCUCCGAGCAUGUUCCACAAGGUCAACCACAGCAUGAAGCCGCAGCACUCGCCGAACGGGGCUCAGGCGACGAUGCCGCGAGGUGGCGGUGGCGGCGGGCCAAGCAUGGCCUCGGCUUCCGGCCUCCCGCCUGGUCUCAGCUACCCAGCCUCCUUCGGCGGCCAGGAAUUUGUCAACCAGGACAUCCAGCUGUCAAAUCUGAACUCGCUUCACCCGUGGAACACAUCCGUGGGCAUAGGAGUCGUCCCGCAAGGAGGCCAUCCCUCCAUGCACCACAACGUGCCGCACGUCUCCGUCUCGAGCAGCUCGCCGCCUCCGCACGGCGGCUCGCCCUCCCCGCUACGCAUGAUUAAGAGCGAGCCCGUCUCACCGCCUCGCGACGGCCACACCCCGAACGGCAUGCAGCACAUGCGUCCCAGCUCCACCGGCCACCUGUCGCCCGGCAAUAUGGCGCCAGGCAUGGUACAUCCGGGCCACCUGACGCCCAACAACCCCAGCCACAGUCACAGCUCGCCGGAGCCCAGCUUAAGCGACUACGAGUCUGGCCCGAUGCACAAGCGACCGCGCAUGACCGACCCGUGGGCGACCUAGCGACCGCGUCUGCGCCCGCGCGCGCGGCGCGCGCGCCUCCGGCGGCGGCGCAGAGCCAGGGCGGAGCGAAGAGUGCCACUGAUACGGGUUUGCUCGCCACCACGCGGUGCAAGACUGGACCGAUGUGACGCAGAAGAGUGUCUAUUUUCUCAGGAGGUGUGCGCCGGCCCGGGCGCGUGAGCGGGCGUGUACAUAGCAGCGGCCGCCGCCGCGCACGCGGUGCGGAGCCGAUCUCAACGGUGGCGGCGGCGGCGGCGCCCGGCCCGGGCGGCGCCGCGCGCGCCCGUCUCUGUCUCGCCUUGUUUGCCUGCGCUCCAUAAUGUGAGGACUUCUCGCACUGGUGCGACUGGGCGCCGGCGCGCCACGCACCGGCGAAAUCAAAAGUGGGCCGGCGCCGCAGUCCAGGCCCACCACCAGCGGCCCGAUGUGUUGUGUCCAUGUGCUCAAUCUUCCCCGGCUUGCUCUCUGCUCCACUGUACAAAUUGUGUUUAUUGUUGGAUAUGCACUCACAGACGAAGCCUAUUUGUUCCUGUUUGUGCGCCACUGUUUGUGUCCUCUGUAUAGAUAUAUAUGUAUAUGUUUGAUCGUGCGGCGGGCGGCGGCGCGGCGAUGGUUUCCGUUUUCGCUGGACCACCCCGACAGUGCUGGCUGACAAUCGGUGCCGGUCGGUCUCGUUUGGUUCCGUGCUCUUGGCGGCCGGGCUCGCCGGCUCGCGCCGGUGCCAGCGCGCCUCACCCCGGCCAUAGAAGAGUAAUCAAAACGUAGCGUAACGCUCCGACGCCGUGCGGCGACGCUCCAGUACAAACCAAGUGGCGGGAGGCGGGCGAGGGCGGCCGUCGCGCCGGCCC